UCAACGCCUUUGAAUUGAUACCUAAACUAAAGACGUCAUUCUGACAACUGCUAAACCGUGGGAAACGGCGUAAAUUCCUACUCAAAACCUAGGUCUGUUUGCUUUGAAAAGAGAGUUGGAGAUGCUUCUUGCAGAGGUCUAGGACUCACUUCGCAAGUGUAGCUUACUGUAGUAAUCCCAGAGCGAUAAAUGUCGUGUGAGCGGGGGCGAUGUGUCCAGCAAAAAGCAAUUUUUUUUGUUGGCAAAUCCACUUGACGCGGGUACGUGACUCCAUUUGGGGCUGCCAAAUGAGGGCGCUCUGACAAUGACAAAACAUUGACAGUAACGUUUGCGUGCGAAUGACAGACGCAUUACAGAGCGAAGAACUCCCCGAAAGUACUCACCUUUUCAAGCACUUAUAUGGUUUGUCUCCUGCUGCCUUGGGGUAAUCCAAUAAAUGGCCAGCAGACCACUUCACGGUAGUCCGCAACCCACUGGUCACAGCUACCACUCCCUGAGUGAGGCCGGCCGCUCUCGUCGGCCGGCCUCCCUGACGGGCAGCAGCGGGCCGGCAUCCCACCAGCAGAUGGGCAACCCUCUGUUGCACCACCAACACCAGAGAAUGCAACCAGGGAGUAGGCACAGUCUCAGUGGCCCCUCGGUGCCCUCCCCACCAGUCCCUGUCACCUCCUCUCACUCCAAGCACCCUCCGUCUGUCCGGGAACAGAGAUUCAGCGUGGGGGGCAUAGGCCAUGGGGUGCCCACCGUGUCCCAGUCGUACCAUGCCCAGCAGCAGCCACCGCAGCAGCCGGGGGCGUGGUCCAUGCCCAAAAUGAGGCACAUCGGCGGGCCGGCCAGCCAGAGCACCCCGGCCGAGCAGACAAAGAAGUCUAAGGGCAGGAAGAGAAACCGAGGCAACACCACGGACACGGACAGACCUUGCCAGGAGCACAGCUUCAUCACCGACGUCAACGACAUACAGACCAUGCAGGACGGACUGCUCAAACUGAUGAGGGACUUUGAGACUGGCAAACUCAGCGCAUUUGAUGAACACUGUUCUUUUGAGAAGAUGAACAAUGUGCGAGAUCUUCAGGAGAAACUAGGCAGGAUGCACUUCAAGAUGGAGGCAGACAUCCAGAAUGCGGGGGCCAACACCAAAGAAGGCAUUGACAUUGCCACCCAGAACAUGGAUCACCUCCUGUCCAAUUUGGAUCAGCUGAGUAUGGCAAUUCGUAGCUUACAUCCCCCUGGAGAUUCAACUGCCUUUCACCCGGAGCCGCCGGUAUGAUGCUGAGAAUGACGACGAUAACAGGUAUCUUUCACUCCCCAACGAAAAGGUGGCGUCCUAGUCCAGGAAGUAGCGCAGUGUCGCGUGGCACUAUUUAGACCGUAUUAUUGUACACUAAAUCUCAGUUUUGUGAAUUAAGAAGAACUCGUGCAGACCGGACCCCCCAAAAAAAACAACCCGCCCUCCAUACAUCAUCAGAAAAACGGUGGAUUCCAACACGUAACUUAGAGUCUACAAACGGUCAUCCCAGAACCACCCACAACUCGCAGAAAGGCAUUCGAUGGCGCAGAAUGACAACUGCGGACUUCAGGACUUUUGAUAAAAAUAAUAUUAAAACACGUAUAAGGCGCCCAGUGCAUUAUAUUUGUAAUUUAAAGGCGCUGAUAUGUUAUCAUUAUCCCUGUACAUUGGGCUCGCACAUCAUCUGAGCAUUCCUGAGACCAUCUCAGCUCCCUGGGGAGAGCACAAGCCCGAUGCUGCCAUGUCAGGCACAAACGGCUAGACGUAACCAUGCUGCCCUGAGGUUACCCGUUUACUCCUGGGUGGAGAGAGGCACAUAGUGGUAGAGUGACUUGCCCAAGAUCACAACAUGCUGCCACCAGCUGGAUUCGAACCCCUGACCCUAUGAUCAGAAGCAGCAAGCCCUCACUGUAUGCCAUAUGCCCCCUUUAAGCAUGGGGCAUGGCGUCGCGAACCCCAAUCAGUUGUGUGCACAUGGCUGGAGGUCGUGCCACCGAAGUACUGUGGUCCCGACUUCGGAUCGAUCCAAACCACCAUCAUUGACAAAGAUUUUACUCACAGAAAUAACUCUGAUUCCUUGCAAAUGAGUCCAGAAUACUGCAGAAAGUGAAAAAGUUUCAAAAAGCCAUCACAAAAGGUUUUGCACUCUGACAAAUUUUGUGCCAGGAAAUACGAACUCUGUGAAAGUGAUACCCAUUCAGUUGAAAUAUUUUAAAAGUACAUUUCCCUACACAUCCAUGCUAUUUCUAGACAAUUGAAGGUGUCAGCUGUGAUGUCACUUUAGGAACAGACACCUCAGUUCUGAGACUUCGAUUCAAUCACAAGUCCGCUGCGUAGACUUGUUUCACUUCCAAUAUUCCUUCCAGAUAUUAGGAUGAAUUCUUUAUUUCCCAGACAUUCAUGUUGGCGUUCUGCCUCUGUACUUCCCAAGGACACCUUUUAACUUGUCUCAAAUUUUUAAAGGUGCAAUGUUUCUUAAAAUCUAAUCUAAUCAAUAUUGUAUACCCAGUCGAUUGCACGUUUAAAGUUUUCUAUUUAAGUAUGUUAUUUUUCCCUUUGAAUACCACGUACAAUCCAGUUUAUAAAAACUAUCAUAUUGGUCGAAGAACUACACCCGAACUUGGCACUUACCAAAACAUAUUCAGAUCUGUUUAUUACUUGACUUUUCCAUUUAAAAUAUCUCAUUAUUGUUUCCUAGUACUAAAUAAUUACCAUUUCUUAAGUUUGUAUUUAGGACAGACAAGUAGCACAAUAAAAUCUGAAACAUAAACAGCUCCAA